AUCUCUCCACUUGGGCGUUGGACUCUGCAUCUUAUUAGCAACAAGGGAAAUUUCUCCAUUUUGCAGCCUGUCUACAGCGACACGGCCACCAGUCUGGGAUUUUAUUACUUCUCCUUACCUGCCAGCUUUUUCCAGCUAUUUAUAAAAAUCCUCCUCACUCUAACUGGACUUUGCUUUGCAUUUUCCCUGUGAACUUUUUUGUCUGUGCACACAGAGGGAGACUGCAGCGAAGAGCUUUGAGUUUCAACAAAGAGGCUUGUGGGGUCUUUGUUCGUUUUUUGGAUCGGUUGAGUUUCUUUGUUGGAGCGAAAAGCAUGGGAGCGCAAUUGUCCAAGACAACUGGAAAGGCUGAAACCGCGGCUGAAAAGCCCGGGGAGGCUGCAGCUUCACCCACCAAGACCAACGGACAGGAAAACGGCCAUGUUAAAGCAAACGGGGAUGCCUCUCCUGCAGCAGCUGAGAACGGCAAGGAGGAGCUGCAGGCCAACGGCAGCGCCACCGCUGAGGAGAGCCCCAAGGAGGAGGCCGAGAAGAAAGAAGCUGCCCCCACCGAGAAAGAGGCUGCAGAUGGGGAGAAAGUAGAGGAAGCGUCUCCUGCUCCUGCUGAAGGAGAGGCGGCAGCAAAGGCAGAAGAUGGCGCCACACCUUCCACCAGCAACGAAACCCCGAAGAAGAAGAAGAAGCGGUUCUCCUUCAAGAAGUCGUUCAAGCUCAGUGGCUUUUCUUUCAAAAAGACCAAAAAGGAGACAGGGGAAGGAGCAGAGAACGAGGAGGUGGCUGCAGCAGCAGCAGCAUCCACGGAGGAGGCCAAGGCUGAGGGCACAGAGGAAGCAGCGGCCGCUAGCGAGGAGGCCAAGCCCGCUGACGGAGAAGCUGCACCUGCUGCGGAGAACGCCAAGACAGAGGUAGAGGCCCAGCCAGAGGCGGCAGCGGAGGCAGCACCAGCAGAGAAACCUGCUGAGGAGGCCAAGGAGGCCACGCCCACAGAGGAGCCAAAGGCAGAGGAGAAGGUGGCUGAGGAGGCGCCCAAAACAGAGGAGGCCGCCCCUGCGCCUCCAGCCUCACAGGAAGCAGCAUCGGCGGAGGCUCCGGCUGCAGCUGCAGAGGCCGCUGAAUAAAUUGAAGAAAUCUGAGGGAAAAAAAAAGGAGAAACAAGAUAAUCAAAGAACAUUUCCCUGUUUGUUGUUGGAGUGAUGCCAGGUCCUGGCUUUGAAGAACUUGUCUACAACCAGGGAUAUUUUAAAGCUUUUUUUUUUUUUUUACAUUUUUGGUUUCCAUUCCCCCUUACACAAAACUCAUCUCGGUCCGUUGUUACUUCCUUACCAACGGACUAAGGAGGUGGGUGGCUUCAAUAUGUAUAACAGAUUAAAUACAUCCACACUCUACCAUAUAUUUUUGUUCGUCAGUAUUAAAUUUUUUUUUUUUUUUUUUCCUUUUGAAUUUUUAUACAAAAUGUAAACAAAACGGUAUGGACAUGCCCAUGGUAUGAGGGAGAAGGGGGAUGAGCUGUAAAUGAAGGGGGAGGGGAGGGGAGGAAGGGUCUGGAAAAUGUGCCACAGACUAUUAUAAAAAGAGUAGUCUAAAAAAAAAAAAACAAAAAACUCAAAGACCAACAUCUAUAUCCACCACGCAGUUUACAACACUAAGUCCUUUUUGAAAUACGACGAGCAGACAUCCCAGAGUUAGGUUUUUAGGAAGACAUAUAAACUCAUAGCUUUUCACUUCUCAUUAGCUGUACCAGUCAGUGAUUCAGUAGAAAUACAAGUUGUAUAGGCUUUAUUGUUUAUUGUUGGUUUUAUGACCUUAAUAAAAAUGUAAGUAUGUAUAGGCGGGGUGUUUUUAACUGUGAUUAUUGUACAAAAUAAAAUCUUGAUCUCAAGAAGCACAUGAAGUUUGCAGCUCUUUUUCCACCUACUCAUUUUUGUAAGAUAACGACAUGCAAAAUGUCAUCCCGAAAGACCUUCUUAAGCAAUUCUGAACACAAAAAAACCAAGCUGUGAUAAGUGGAAUGGGUAACUGUUUAUAUACUGUGGUAUGUUCUUUCUUUUUUUUUUUUCUUUUUUGAUUACAGCAGGCAAUGCCUUUUCAGUGGACUUUGACAAAAAUUUAAGGAAUCUAUCAGAUGCAAAUGUUUGUGUAGCAUCUUGUCUCUCUCUCUCUCUCUCUCUCUCUCUCUUUCUCUCUCUCUUUUCUUUUCCUUUUGUAAAUACUGGAGAAGCUUUGCCCAGUUUGACUUAGAGAUGGAAUGUAACUUUGCUUACAAAAAAAAAAUUGCUAUUAAACUCCUCUGCUUAAGGUGUUCUAAUUUUCUGUGAGCACACUAAAAGCAAAAAUAAAUGUGAAUAAAAUUUGA